GGGGAUCAAAGUUAGUUAGAUUCGUGCAAUUGAAUCGUCGUCGUUAACCCAGGGAGGGACUUUGAGUUUUGAAUCACCAAAAAAAAAAUGGCUACCAAUAGUGACAACAAGGUUAAUCUCUCGCGCAUGUUCAAGUAUUUACUAGCUACUCAGUUUCUAUCCAGAAGCAUCCCCUUCAUAUUCAAUUCCUGGAUCGUGAGGCAUCUCACCGAACAAGACUAUGCGCUCUACGCUGUCCAAUUCCAUCUUUUUGUUACUUGUGUCUUGUUUCUCAGCCGGGAGGGAUUCCGCCGCGCUUGCUUGCGGGCUAACAUUAAACGUGAUGGUCCUGGAUCAGAGGAAAAUGUGACUAGGCUAUUGAAAGUAGCAUGGGUGACAGUACCACUCGGAAUAGCUAUUACUAUUGCAGCAUGCAUUUUUGUGUUAUGGUGGCAGAACCUUAGUUACUCCGACACAUAUGCACAGGCUAUCUUGAUUCACGGAUUCGCAUGUCUACUUGAGCUAAUGGCUGAGCCUUUGUAUAUCCUCUCUCAGACACUGGUGAAGCUAGAGUUGCGACUCUUUGUUGAGAUUGCCGCUACAUUUGCACGCUGUUUGACUCUGUGGUCUCUCAUAGUCAACCAAACCAACAUGGAAAAAGGAAUAGUCUUCGCACUGUCACAAGUUGCUUAUGGAGGUUCCUUGUUUCUUGGCUACUGGGCUUAUUUUCUCAUUAGUGGUGCUCUCAGAAGUUCUGAUCUCUUUCCUUUCAGACCUGGGAACUUCAUGGAUUUCGAUAACAAGCUCUCGAACAUGUGUAUGCUGUUUACUUUUCAGUCCUUUCGAAAGUUGAUUCUUCAAGAAGGUGAAAAAUUGGUCCUUGUAUGGUUAGAUACACCUUAUAAUCAGGCGGUAUAUGGGAUCGUCGACAAACUAGGCAAUUUAGUUGUACGCAUGGUGUUUUUUCCCUUUGAAGAAACUUCAUACACUAUAUUUGCCAGGUUCGCAUCAGGUGAUUAUCAGGAAAGGAAAAAGAAACUCGGAAUUGGCUUGACCGAGGCCUUGAAGCUUGUGAUAUUAAUAGGUCUUAUAUUUAUGGCAUUUGGCCCGAGUUAUUCGUACUCUCUCAUCAGAUUGUUGUAUGGUGAAAAAUGGAGCGAUGGAGAAGCUUCCUUGGCCCUACAGUUUUAUUGUCUCUACAUCAUCGUCCUGGCCAUGAACGGAACCUCCGAAGCAUUUUUACAUGCAGUUGGAACAGAGGAUGAACUGAAGCGCUCAAACGACAUGUUGCUUGUAUUUUCAUUGAUUUACGUCACGUUAAAUAUUCUGCUUAUAAGAUCUGCCGGAGCAAUAGGUUUAAUCAUGGCGAAUUCCUUGAAUAUGAUUUUUAGGAUCAUCUAUUCAGGGAAAUUCAUCCAACGUUACUUCCAGGGCACUUCUUCAUUCUCGUUCCGAAAAUGCUUUCCUUUAGGUUGGCAAAUUCUUAUCCUUUCGAGCAUAAUCACUCUCAUCUCGGAGAAAACCAUCCUCGAUCGUAAGAAUUUCUGGGAAACAUUUCCUCUUCAUUUCGCCAUCGGUUUCAUCUGCUUCUGUCUCUCGGCCAUUGUCAUAUACCGGCGUGAGAGGGUGUUCAUCAAAAGAAUCAUACGGUUUUUCAGUUCACAAGUGCAGGAAGCAAUCAAGAAGCCUUACACGAUGUGUGUGUCGUCAACCUAUCGGUUAUACUGUAAGUGUUUGGUGAGUGAAGAGGUGGUUAAGGAUGAGAGAAAGCAGAUCGGUGGUUUUGGUGUGGCCAUCUGUGACCACGAGGAUAAUCGACUAUUUGAGAUGAAGAAAGUUUUGGGAGAUGAAGAGUCCUCACACCAGCAAGUUGCGGAAUUGGCAGCCUUAAUUCAUGGGUUGACAUGGGCGUUGGAGCUUGAUCUGGGAAGUGUCACGUUCUUCUGUGAUGAUUCCAAUAUCUUAGAAUACGUGACAGGUAAAGCUGAACCAAACGAGUCCAAUGUAGCAACACUUGUGAAGGAAGUUUCUCUUCUUCAGAGCAGAUUCUCGUUUUGCGAAGCACUCCCUGUGAGCAAGGACAUCACUUUUGUGCUUCAGCUUGCAAAAGCUGCUAUAGCUUCCCAAGUAAGAUGGCGUGAAGGUGACGUCUACAUGGAGACUUGUCCAUUAUGCUAUGAACACGUUCCAUCUGAUGAGAAGUUUGAGGUACCUGGUUGUUUCCACCGCUUCUGCGUUGAUUGCAUUAAGAGACAAGUCGACGCAGCACUAGAAUUGGUGAAACCAGUAGUAAACUGCCCAAGCUUGGGUUGCAACUCAGAACUACAGAGAGAGGAUUGUGAAGGUGUUUUGGAACCUAAGCAGCUUGAUGAUAUGACCCGAUACAAGAAGGCGAGCAUGAUCAAAGGUUCAGACAUAGUAUAUUGUCCGCAGUACCCCACAUGUCAAAAUGUAAUGGCAAAACCCGACCUCAUUGAAUACACAAAAUCCUUCUUCGUUGAUGCUGAGCUGUCAGGAGUCAGAAAGUGCACGGAGUGUGGGUAUUGUUUCUGCGGAAAAUGCAAAGCAGGAUGGCACUAUGGCAUGACAUGUGAUGAAUUCGUUAAAUCAGAGUGUAUUGAAACAUCUCCUGAGGCUGAGGAAUCUUACGAAGCUUUGGCUAAGAGUCUUGGAUUGAAGAGAUGCGGAAAUUGCAAGAAGAUGAUUGCACAUGAUGGAGGUUGCAACCGUAUAAUUUGCAGUUGCAAAUUCGAGUUCUGUUUCGCCUGUGGAGCUGAGUGGAACAAGGAAGCCAACUGUAACUGCCCGACGGGUUUGGAGUCAGAGGACCAGUGAUGGGUUUGUGUUGCAUUAAGUACGCUUAAGGAUUUGGUUUUACUGAGAAAGAGCAAGUUGAACUUUUGUACUUCAAAUUUCACAAGAGUUAUUUAUCUUUGCACUCUUCAUUACAAUUUUUCUUCUUGAUAAUUGGUUAAAUGACAUAAAUAUAAAAAAAUCAUAUUU